AUGACUGAUGUGCAGAAGAAGGUUCCUGACACAGGCUUUCAGAACAUGAUGAUGUGCAGAAUCGCUUCUUCUUCUUUGUCGCUUCUUCUGCUGGUGCUUGGGCUUUGUGCGGCCGCUCGUGACGGGGAUGUGAGGCUGGUGGGGGGCAAGCUGUCAUCCGAGGGUCGGGUGGAAGUGUACCGCCUUGGGCACUGGGGGACGGUGUGCGAUGACAACUGGGACAUGGCAGAGGUGGUGUGCCGGCAGCUCCGCUAUCCUGGUGCACGCUCUGCUGUUGCGGGGGGGACCUAUAGACAAGGUGCUGGGAAAAUCUGGCUGGAUGACCUGAACUGCAAAGGGACAGAGAAACUGCCGUCCAGCUGUAGUUUUAAAGGCUGGGGGAUCUCCGACUGUUCCCACAGCGAGGACGCAGGGGUCGCGUAUGAGAAAAGUGAGCCCACACUCAAUUCUGCCGGCCUCACGUACCUGUACACAAGCAAAAUCGAUGUCACCAUCUCAUCUGCCCAGUGCCUGCACCAGCUUGCCACUGACUACCAACUGAAGUGGCUGCAGGCAGAGGUCGGUCUCUUUUUCUCCUGGCUGCUCCCAGGAGACCCCACAUUUGAGGCUCCGGCUGAGUUCUACAAGUAUGCCAUCCACACUGGGAAGAAGGUCCUGCAAGAAACCUGCUUUCAGUACCUGGCCUGGAACUGCAAGGCAUUGAUAGAAUCCCCAACAUGGAGUGGCCUGUCCUUUGGAACUUUCUCUGCCUUGUUGUCCCGUUCUGAUGUGGUGGUGCCAGAUGAGUCCUACCUCCUACAGGGUGUGGAAAGCUGGAUCCUGGCACAGCGGGCUGCAUCUGGUGUGGCUGUGCUGGAGGAGGAGGAAACUCUGCUGAGCUUGAUCCGUUUCACUAUGAUUUCUCCAGAAAAGCUAUAUGACAUCCAGGUCAACUCAACUCUAUACGCAAGUCAUAAGGAGUUGUACUGUGCUGGCUUGCUUCUGGGAUACCAGUUCAAUGCCGUGUCCUUCCUCAAGAUGAGGAAUCACACUGACAUCAACACUAACGACUGCUUGCCCAGGAUUUACACAUCCAGCCCAUGGAGCCUGGAGACAAACUUCACCUCCAGACAAAGUAUAUAUAAUCUGUACAGUCGAUACAGCAAUGUGUACUACAAUACGGCAAAGUAUUUUGAUACCCCAGUCCACAACAGCGCUUUAUUUAAGUCUAAGAAUUUACGCUGGUCUACAUACAUUUUUCAAAGUCAUCAGGAGUGUCUCAGCAAUGGCUUUUUGUGUGAUUCUGUCCCGUGGUCCAGCUUUCUGGACAAACAGGAUAGAGAAAAGACCAUCCGCUACAGCAACAGGUUGGUCCUAGUUUGUGAUGGUGAGUAUGUCUUCCAUGUCCAGGAUUUCAAGAAUGGCUGGGGUCUGAUCCCUUCCAAUAGCACAACAGGCCAAACCUAUCCCUGCCACUCACAAAACUACCUGUAUCGGUUUGUUGUGCGACCAGAAUACAUCUGA